AAGUAACGUCCGUGCGUUCGGGGCGCAGUGAGCUGCAGUUCCUCCUCCGCUCCACCUGGGGGCGCCGCGUCUGUUCGCUUGGAUCUGAUCCAAAACAAACCGGAUCUUCAGCGGAAGCUGAGUGUUCACAGCAGCGGCUGCAGAGACAGCUGUCAGCCCCGAAAACGACCCGAACCCGCGCGCCACCGAACCCAAUCGACGUACCGGGCACGCGGGGCACGCGCAUGCACCUCAGAGAGAACCGGAUGUUCGAGCGCGGCGAUAGUUUGGCUUUUUUUUCUACCUUUCUCAGCUGUUUGUUCUGUCCGGACGGAGCCCGGUUCGGUUCUGUGUUUGGUGGGGCAGACAUGGGCCGUCAGAGAACCGUGAGGACCGAGCGGACCGGCUAACGGUCCGGAUGAAGAGGUUUGAAUAAACUUUAUUAACAGGUGGGAGCGGUGACAGUCAGAGGCUGACGUCAUGGACACCCUGCUGGACUUUGAGGAGUGCGUCAGAGACUCCCCGGAGUUCAGACUGGCGCUGGACCAGUUCGAGGCGGACGUUUCUCUGGUGGAGGCACAGCUGCAAAAGGUGAUGAAGCUGAGCGGGAAGAUGGUGGAGGCGGGACAAACUUACAAAGCAGCCAAUCAGCUGUUCCUGAGCGGGCUGGCCGAGCUGUCCACCAACCACCGACGAGAGGGCGUGGUCACGAGCUGCCUGGACCAGUUCCAGCAGGGCCUGCAGGAGGCGCUCAGCUUCCACUCCAUGUUGUUGGAUCAGACGCAGAGAGCCAUCGGCCAGCAGCUGAGCAGCCUCUGCUCGCAGUUCCUGCCACAGCUGGCAGAAACUAGGAAGGAGUUUGUCCGGAUCGGAGAGAACCUGGAAACGGCGGUGCUGAAGAACGCUCAGGUGUCACGGCACAAAGCGUCCGACGCCGAGCGGACCAGCCACCUGCUCCUCGCCACGCGCAAAUGUUACCAGCACUUUGCUCUGGACUACUGUCUGCAGCUCAACACCUUCAGGAUUCAGCACAAGGUGGACAUCUUGAACUCGGUGUUCUCCUUCGUCCAGGCUCAGUUCACCUUCUUCCACCAGGGCUUCGACCUGCUCAGAGAUCUGGAGCCCACCAUGAAGACCAUGGCUAUGCAGCUGUCACAGCUAUCGGCCGACUGUUCCACUAAGAAGAAGGAGCUGGAGAACCAGCACCUCCUGGUGCAGCAGAGGGACGCCUCAGGAGAGCCGAUGGUCAGCCCACGGCCCGACAGCGACCACGUCCUGCAGGGUUACCUGUUCAAACGCUCCAGGAGGAGACCCAAGACCUGGAAGAGGUGCUGGUUCACCAUCAGAGACAAUCAGCUCAUCUACAGGAGGAGCCACAAGGAGGAGCCGGCGGUUCUCUUCGAGGAUCUGCGUCUGUGCGCCGUCAAGCCGCUGGAGCACGCCGACCGCCGUUUCUGCUUCGAGCUGCUCUCCGUCCAGAGGUGCUGUGCGCUGCAGGCUGACUCGGAGCAGCUGAAGCGGGCGUGGCUCGCCGCCCUGCAGGGCAGCAUCGACCUCGCCUACAGACGGGGGGGCGGCGAUGUGGCCCCCACCCAGCAGGUCAAAGAAGCCCCUCCCCUCCUGUGGGGGGGGGAUGCUUCGCCCGCCCCCCCUCCCCUUCGGCAGGCGGUGCUGGGCGUGGCCCUGGAGGGCCCCGGGAACAAGCAGUGCUGUGACUGCAGGGAGGCGGAGCCUCGUUGGGCCUCCGUCAACCUGGGAGUGACCAUGUGCAUAGAGUGCUCUGGAAUCCACAGGAGUCUCGGGGUCCACCUGUCCAAGGUGCGCUCCCUCACUCUGGACUCGUGGGAGGCGGAGCAGCUGAAGCUGCUGUGCAUUCUGGGAAAUGAAGUCAUGAACCGGAUCUACGAGGCUCGGUGCUCAGAACAGCAGAGUCUCCGACCCGGACCCGGCAGUCCCCGAUCGGAGAAGGAGGCGUGGAUCCGAGAGAAGUACGUGGAGAAGAGGUUCGUGCUGCACGGCGGCUCAGACGGCGCCGAGACUCAGAGGGACGAGGCGGGGCGCCGUCUGUAUCGGGCCUCUGUGGAGGGAGACCUGGUUGCCAUGGCGACAGCACUGGCACAGGGGGCAGAGGUUAACGGGAGCAUCUCUGAGGAGGAGGGCAGAACGCCACUGAUAGGAGCUGCUGUCGGGGGGUCGCUGCUGGCCUGUGAGUUUCUGCUUCAGAACGGAGCCAACGUGAACCACAGAGACCUGCGGGGGCGUGGCGCUCUGCACACCGCCGCCACCGCUGGACACACCGGGCAGGUGUGUCUGCUGCUGAAAAGGGGGGCCAAUCAGUAUGCCGUGGACGAGCGGGGGCAGGAUCCGCUGGCCAUCGCCGUGGAAACAGCUCACGCUGACAUCGUGACGCUGCUGCGCAUGGCCCGGAUGAACGAGGAGAUGAGGGACUCGGAGGGAGUCUUCGGCGCCGCCGGAGACGACGAGACGUUCCAGGACAUCAUCAGAGACUUCAGCGACAUGGCGUCUCACGACCCGGAGAGGCUCAGCAGACGACACCUCAGCCGGGGGGGCGAGGAGGAGGCGGAGCAGGAAGGAGGAGGAGGAGCCAACUGCAAGCUCAGUGUUCAGAAGAGCUUUGACUGACAGAGACCGGCGGGUUACCAUGG